AGACCCGGAAGCGGAUCCCGCGGAGCAACGAUCCAGCUGGUGGGAGUGAGUCUCCAUUUUUUUGGAUCUUGCCCUGGAGGCGUUCCUAGUCCCCGCCUCCACAUCCAGAUUUCGGGGAUCGCCUGUAUAACCUUACCUGAGAAAGAAGACCAGAAGGGGGAAAAAAGGAGGAAUGGCUCUUUUCCAGGGACGGUUGACAUUCAGGGAUGUAGCCAUAGAGUUCUCUCAGGAGGAGUGGGAAUGCCUGGACCCUGCUCAGAGGGUCUUGUACAGGGAUGUGAUGUUGGAGAACUACAGGAACCUGGUCUCCGUGGGUGAGGAUAACUUCCCUCCAGAAGUCGGGAGUUCUGCUGGAUUUGCAAUCAAGGGAUUAUCACCAAUACAGGACAUUAAUAAAGGAGAAUUUUACCACUUAGUGAUAUUGGAGAGAAAUGAAAGUCAUGACAUCAAGGAUUUUGAUCUCAAGGAAGUCUGGGAAAAUAGGCAUGAGUUUGAAAAUCACUGGGGAUAUGAUGCAAGAAAUUACAAAGAAGUGCCUUUGACCCAUAACAAAAAUGUCACAUGGAGAAAAGAUCAAAAACUUAAUCAGCUCUCAGUUACUCUUCCUCAAAAGCAGUGUGCUUCUGUAAGAAAUAAUACAUACCUGUAUUUCAUGGAUUAUGAGCCAUUUGUAAGGAAUGUAUUAAAAAUGGACAAUAAUAGAAGUGGUGCUGGAAACCAGUACAUAGACUGCUUGGAAAAUAGAAUUGGAUUAAGUUUACAGGCACACCUGGCUGAACUGCAGACAUUUCACAGUGAGGAGAAAAUGUAUGAAUGUAAUCCAACUGAGAAGUCUGUCGGCAAUGGUUCCUCAGUCUCACCACUUGAAACAAUUCCUCCCAGGACCCAAAACAUUUGGAAUAAGUCUAGGAAGAUUUUUAAAUAUCGUUUGUUACCUGCACAAGACAGGAAAGCACACACUAGAGGAAAAUCUUACAAAUGUAAUGAAUGUGGGAAGGUUUUUAGCAAAAGCUCAAACCUCAUGAGUCAUGAAAGAAUUCAUUCUGGACAGAGACCUUAUAAAUGUAAUGACUGUGGCAAAGCCUUUACGGAGCACUCACAUCUUACUCAACAUAAGAAAAUCCAUACUGGAGAGAAACCUUAUAAAUGUGAUGAGUGUGGCAAAGCGUUUAACCAAUGUUCGAACCUCACUAGGCAUCAAAGAAUCCAUACAGGAGAGAAACCAUAUAAAUGUAACAUAUGUGGCAAGGUCUGUAGUCAAAAUUCAAACCUUGCAAAUCAUCAGAGAAUGCAUACUGGGGAGAAACCUUACAAAUGUAAUGAAUGCAGCAAAGCCUUUGCUGAGCGUUCAAGCCUUACUCAACAUAAAAAAAUCCAUACUGGAGAGAAACCUUACAAAUGUAAUGAGUGUGGCAAAGCUUUUAAACAGUGCUCUCACCUCAUUAGACAUCAGAAUACACAUCCUGGAGAGAAGCCACACAAAUGUGAUGUAUGUGGCAAGGCUUUUAUCCAGAGUUCUAGCCUUGUAGAACAUCAGAGGAUUCAUACAGGAGAAAAACCGUAUAAAUGUAAUAAAUGUGAUAAAGCUUUUAUCAGACGUUCACACCUUUGGGGUCAUGAACGAACUCAUACUGGAGAGAAACCUUACAAAUGUAGUGAGUGUGGCAAAGCCUUUGCUGAGCGCUCAAAUCUUACUCAGCAUAGAAAAAUCCAUACUGGAGAGAAACCUUAUAAAUGUAAUGAGUGUGGCAAAGCGUUUACCCAAUUUGCAAACCUUACUAGGCAUCAGAAAAUACACACUGGAGAGAAACCACACAAAUGUAAUGUGUGUGGCAAGGCUUUUAUCCAAAGUUCAAGCCUUAUGGAACAUCAGAGAAUUCAUACAGGAGAAAAACCUUAUAGAUGUAAUAAAUGUGAUAAGGCUUUUAUCAAACGUUCACACCUUUGGGGUCAUGAGAGAACUCAUACUGGAGAGAAACCAUACAAAUGUAUUGAGUGUGGCAAAGCAUUUACGGAGCGUUCACAUCUUACUCAGCAUAAGAAAAUCCAUACCGGGGAGAAACCUUAUAAGUGUAAUGAGUGUGAUAAAGCUUUUACCCAAUUUGCAAAACUUACCAGGCAUCAGAAAAUACAUAAUGAAAAGAAACAGUAUAAACCUAAUAUGUGUUGCAGUGCUUUUAUUCAAAGCUCAAGCUUUGGAGAUCAUCAAAGAACUCAUAGGAGAAAGAAACCUUGCAAGUAAUAUGAGCAAGUAUUCAACACUUACUUAACAUCAGAUUUUCCAUCAUGGAGAGGAACCAUAUGAAACUAACAUAUUUGGGAAAGCUAGUAACGAGGGUUCACACUUCACCUGAUAUCAGAAUACAAAUCUCUGAAAGGAAGCACACUGAAGAAAUGUAUGGCAAGGCUUAUCCAAAAUUUGUUACACCUUGUGGAACAUAAAUUUUACCAGAGAAUUCUUACAAAUGUAGUGAGUGUGAUCAGGUUUAUAAAAAAUGUAUAAAUUGGGGAGGGGGGUAAAAUAGAUGAAUGAGAUUAAGAGGUACUGACUUGCAGUUAUAAAAAAAAAAAAUGUACAACUCUGCUUUGUGGUCUUGAAAGCAUUCACAUAACAUGGAAGCCAUACAAAUAUGUCAAGGUCUUUACCUCAGGAAGCACCUAAGAAUUUAUCCUGGACAGAAACAUUACACAUGUAAUGAAGGCGAUAAUUUCUUUAGCCAGUUCUCUCAGUAGAUUGCAAUUAAAGAAUUCACACUAGAGGGAACUAGGUCUGUUUUGAGGAUUAACUAUUCUUAGGUAUUAAAUUCCACAGAAAAUUAAAAUUAUUUAAAACUCAUGAGAUAAUGUAUGUCAAUGGAACAAGUAGAUCUGUGGAAAGACCUAAUCAUCUUCUGUUUAGAUAUUUUGUAAAGAGUUUAUUUACCUCUCUACACCCAACGUGGGGCUCAAAGUCACAACCCUGAGAGCAAGAGUCAUGCUUUUCCAACUGAGCCAGCCAGGAACCUCUAUGACGUUUUUCACUCAGUUAUUUAAGGUUUCUUGAUGCUACAUUAUUAUUGAUGACUUAUAACCUCAAGUUUGGAAUCCACUGAUGUUAUACUUUCAUUACAUGUGUUUCAUUUGUCAACCAUCGUGGUGAUCUCAGAGAAAGUAUGAAAGGAACCUCUUUUAUUAGGUGGGGCUUAGUCAUACCUAUAUACCCUGGAAAAACUAGGAUGCUGGUUUUAAGAUCUAGAAUAGUAUAUAUUUUGGAGCAUAAGGAGUGACAAGGAAUAAAUCUAAAAGCUAUUAUGUAAAUUACCAUGUUUUCUGUGGUCACAUCCCCUUCUCUGGAUUUGUUGGUAUGAUUGAGAGCCUUGGUUGAUAACUAUAUGAAAGGGUUAUGCUAUCAAAUGUGUGAUCGUGAAACACUAGACUGAGACAUUGAGACAAUGAUAUUUUCAUGUGGGAAUGAGGGGUUAUUAAGGAUGCUAUUUAUGUUAGAGAAAAUGGAGGGGGAUUGAUGGUCUCUCCCUCUUUUGAAACGUAAUAGCUAUUAUAUAUCAUGGAUGAGUAAAAAUUAGUCUUAAUUUUGGAAACUGAAGAGAAAGUUCUAGAGGACACUUAAAUCAAAAGAGCCAAAGUAGGGGCACAUAGGUGGAUCAGUAUGUUUAGUAUCUGCCUCAGUUUCUGCUCAGGGUCAUGGGAUCAACCUCUAUGUUGGGCUUUCCUCUUGAGUGUAGAAUCUGCUUAUAAUUUUCUCUCUCUCUCUGUCCCUCUUGCCUACUCAUGCUCUUUCUAAAAAAUAAUAAGUAAAUAAAUAACCCAAAAGAGUAUGCUUGCGAAAGACCCAAAUUUGGCCACUUAAAAUGCAUUUUCAUACCAUUUUAUUUAGGGUACCCUAUUUCCCAUAUCUAAGUAAGUAAAAUAUAAGCUUUUAUGUAACCCUGAAUGAAUCCUGUUCCUUUUAUUAUCCCAAGUGCAUCACACUUCUUUGGGGCAUUUCAUAAUGAACACUAAUAAAACAUCCUUAGACUCUUAGGUUGAAUGUCAUCCAUAACAAUUUUUUUUCAUGUUAUAGUCAAACCUACAGUUUUGGAAAUAUAUGUUGAAUUUCAGAGUUACCCACCCAUAGCACAUCCCAAGUAUUUUUGUGGUUCUAAUGAAAAUACCAUAGCAAUGCAAUUUCAAACUCUCACCCAUCACAAUUUGCAUCCCCAUUCAUGAAUACAGACCAUGAUUCUAUUUCUGCCUGCCUUUUGUGCUGAAAUGAGACCCAUGGUUUGCAUUAAGUGAAAUUUACAUUAAAUGAAAUUAGAAAAAGAGUAAGCAUAUGAAAAGUAUUAGGAACUGAAGGAAAAUUUGAGGAGUAAGGAUAAAGGUAACACAAUCUAUAUUUUGUGCUGGAGUGCUCAGGGAAUAAUUUGAAAAGAUAAAUCUUCAUGAGUUUACUCUCAAGAAUGAACAACACGAUGGGAAUCUUGUUUGAUAACUAGAAAUCUCACAUAUUUACCCUCUAAAACAUUUUUUGCUUUUGUUUGCAUUUGUGCUUACUCCACUGGGACAGGAUGUUCGGAUGUCAAGAAUGAUGACUCCGUUCACUCAAGUGUUCGGAGAAUGUUGGUUAUAUAAUGACGCUUUCUCGGGAGAGCAGGGCAGACUUCUCAAGUUCUGAAAAUGGCUAGAGAAAGCAGGCAAUGGUGACUACUUUGUUACGAUGCAUCCUGUGUGGGGCCAGGGUGAUGGUACUCAUUGACACUGUGAACUUAGAACUACUGCCAAGGGAAGGGCCUCUUGGGCUUUAUUAUUAGCUUGCCCUGCCCAGAUGAGCAGAAUAGUAAGAGGUAAUGACGCUUCACAGGUAUCAUUAGUCGGCCAUCAAGAGUAGAGUCAGACUCUUUUCUAUAAAACUGAAUGUUUACUCCUGACUGACUUGGUUGGGAAAGACCACAAUCUUCCUCAUGCUAACUACUACCUUCUUUUUCCAGCUGUAUAUGUAGCCCCCACCACACAAUAUGAUUGUGGAAAAGGGUUAUGAUACACUGUUUAGAUCAGUUACUUAAGGUAUUUUUAGACUCGUUAUGAUGUCAGGAUUUUUUUUUAUUGAGUUAUAGCCUAAUAUUAAAAUACAUUCAGAAAUGAUACAGUAUUUCCCAACUACAAACCUUUUGUAGAUCGUUCACUUUAAGGGAGGUUAGAAUGAAUUGAAUCUCAAAAUCAGUCCUAUCAUUUUUCUAGCAAGAUGCUAGAAUCAGAGAGUGCCUGAGUGGCUCAGUCAGCUAAGAGUCCAACUCUUGAUUUUUUGUUCAGGGCAUGAUUUCAUGAUUCAUGGGUUUGAGCCCCGGGUUGGGCUCCACACUGAGUAUGGAAAAAUAAACAAACUUUAAGAAACUUUUUUAAAAAGUACUAGAAUCAGAAUAUCUGUAUUGAAACUUUGCAAAUUAGUGUUAGAUGCAGGUAAAUAAAAUUAACUUAAAAUUAAUAAAUUUCAAAGGAAAUAAAUCUGUAAGUUAGAAAACACUAAGGACUAAUAAUUUUGACACAUUUGGAACACCUAUGACACUGUUCAUGGGUUGCAUGCAAUAUUACACACUGAGGAUAAAGAACAAAGUCUGGUGAUGAAAUCUGUCUCAUCCACAGUUCUCCUUGACAACCUUGAUCUUUAAUAUUAAUAAGGAGUAUGUUUAAAUUUGUUCUGCAAAAUGUUUUCUUUACCAUCUUUUUCUUUUACCUUCUGUUUAGGCAUGAAUAUGAAGUUUGAAAAUUCCCCAAUAUACUUAAUUAAUUAAUUAGAGAGAGAGAGUACACACAAGUGGGAGGCAGGGACAGAGGGAGAGGCAGAGAAUCUUAAGCAGGUUUCACUCUCAGUGCAGAGCUGAUACAGGCUCGAUCCCAAGUCCCUGGGAUGUUGGCCUGAGCAAAAAUCAAGAGUGAUGCUCAACUGACUGAGCCACCCAACUGCCCCCUAAUAUUCUUAUAAAAUUGCAUUAUUAAAAUGUGUAGCUAAUUAGGGAAAAAAAAAAACCUCCUGGGAUUAUAUCCACGUAAAUAAGACAAAACCUAAUAAAAGGCCUUUGCCCCUCCCCAUUCAUCCUUCUUGGUCCUACAGCGGCCAUCCUGCUGUAGGGAGAGAGAGUGCUGAGUCCUAAGGGAGGUGGAGCAUGCAGAGGACUGCCCAGGGGACCCGUCCCAUCCCAACCUGCAUCUCUGGGUUUCCUGUUAUGUGAGAAUGAUAAACCACCUAGUUGUUUCAGCCACUAACUUCCAGGAGGUCUGUCCUUCACAAAUGAAAACUGUCUGACCUGACCAAUAAGAUUAAUAUUUGUAUUGAGAGUAGAAUGGAGCAUUUGAGAGGGAAUCUUGAAUUUAACAUUUUGUAGCUGAGAAAAGCUGCAAAAAGCAUCAUCUUUCACAGAUGGGUUAGAGCUGUUUGGCACAUGUUGCCUAAAACUCACAAUGUGAAUGAAACAAAAUAUAGCGUGAGAAUUUAUGACAAAUGUUCAGGGUGCUAGGGUAGAGACUUACAGGAGUAAGGAAUUUGGUGCCAUAAAUGGAAUAACAUGUUUACUUGAGUAUGUGAACUAUUAGUCUCUGAGUGUAUACGCUGCAGUAACUUUCUACUUUGGACAGAUAAAAUGCAUUCAGUCAUUCUACCAGUCAGAAACUAUUCUAAUCACUGAUAUUAGCAGGAAACAAAACUCCCUGUCUUCAGGUAACUUAUAUUCUAUAAGGUUGAGUCUAUAAGGAUAAAAUAUGAUAGUGAUAAAUACCAUAAACGUGUUCAUAUGUAAUGAUCGGCAGACAGGGUUUCCUAAUUUAAACAACAUUUUCAGGCAAUGCCCACAUGCUGAGGUCGUCUUUGGAGAACCACUGAAAGUAUCAUGCAAAUACACAUGGAGAAGGGCAAGUGGGUGUAGGAAAGAAGCAGAAAAUCACCACAAUGGGAACAUAAUUACGGUGGAUCAGGAAUACCCACAAUUGGCAUGUGGCUUGGUGAAAUGUGAGGCUAAAUUUCUACUGGAGACCUUUAAAAUUUGGGAAACCUUAUAGUUAGAAUUUGUACAAUUUUAAUAACAAAACUCCCCAGAAGGCUUAGGAGCAUAUGUGAUAGAUCCAAAACCAUGACCUGUUUGGAGAAUGCACAGACCUAUUUCUUUAUGGCAGCCUUACCACUAUUGAGAGAACACAGCAGUGAGGUGGGGUAAUGAAUUAAUGGAAAGAUGGUAAAUACCAUUUGUGAAAACUGUCUAGGGAGUUGAUCCCAGGACUUGUUAAGAUACAUGCUUUUCCUGUUGUCUACGCUUAUACCCAGACAAGGGUAUGUUGCUUCUUCCGCUUACGAAUGUGUACCAAGUAAUACUAGUCAGGUCAUUUAUGCCCCAGUUAUAUCUUCAAUGUCAAUAUCAUCAAAAAAAAUCGUUCACAUGUAAGAAGAUACUGUACUUACAAAUUGAAUAGUAACAAUAUCGCAUAUUUCAUGUUUUCCUCACUAAUUCAAGACCUAGUAACUCCCAAUUAUUCCUAGUUUUAUUCUUCCAGUUGAGACCAGUCUUGUGUCAGCGUUGCCUAAUAUUUUGACUAUAAAAUUGACUUUUCAGUAUGUUUCAUAUCCCAAUUUUAUACUAAAUCAGAUGUGAUGAGAAUGGGACUGUGUGCAAGGUCGGCAAACAUUUAUUUAAGGAACAUACAGUAAAUAUUUUAUUCUUUGUAGGCAAUACUGUUUCUGUUACCACUCUUCCAGUAUGUCCUUUUUGAGUCAAAAACACCUAAAUAUGAGUGUGGCUGCAUUCCAGUUACACUUCACUUAAAAACAGACAGUAGGUUGCAUUUGGCUCAUGUUCUGUAGGUGGCAGACUCCUGAUCUACCCAAAGGAAUUAAGAGCGCUAUAUAGUAAUAGUAACUAUAUGGUAAAUAAAAACCGUCUUCCCUA